AUGUUCGUGACAAAUAGCAGUCCGGUUUCUAUUUCAGCUAUUGAUGAACAGAGCAGCAGAGUGUUUCUACGGCCCGACGUUGAGACAGUAGCCCGUCAUCUUGCCGCUCUCGGGUUUCUGGACCCGUACCGGAAACCCAACAAGCGCGUACCUGGUAACAGACAGUUUUCAAGUCGUUCCGGGUUCGGGUAUGAAGAGUAUCGGGCCCCAAUAGUUGUUACCAAUACGUAUUUACUAGGCAACGCUUGGAAUAAGCCCGUUCGGCUUAUUGAGCCCCAGGUGGUUGAUGUGUUUGAUCAAGAUCUGUUAGUGAGACGCGGGGCGUUGCGGCAGAGUGUGGGUUCGGCCCAGUUUUUUCCUUAUCGGGUUAACGGGUCGGGUCCAAGUUGUGCGGGUACCGGUGUGUUUUUGCCGCGGGUGAGCAACAAUGAACUCAGAAGGAAACCUGCAAAGAUGACCCUUGUUGAGGAGCAGCAGAAGCAACCAGUGAGCAGCAAGAUGACAGCUAAAAAGCAACAAACGCAACUAAUGAAGCCAUUAAUUCAAGUCCAACCCCCAACGGAGCUUGCUCUUCCACAAGAAUGGACCUACUAAAUUCUUCGCCAUCUAUACGUCUAGAAUAAUAAAUAGAGGUAGGGUUGCAUUUUAAAUAGAGAAAAUUUAAGCGGCAGUCCAAGGAAGAAGAAGAAGAUAACACCAACAUGGGGGCAAAAGAAGCGACCAGAGGAGUUUCCUUCUUGUCUUUUUGUUAUCCAGUUCCUUCUCCGUGUCUUGUCCUGAACUGAUCUUGUCUUACCUUACCUUACUUUGGGGCUACGCUUUGUGGGACUUGCUGUGUACUGAUAAAUUGAUAUAAAUUGAAUAAAUGAAAGGGCUUUUCUUUGAAA